UAUUAGCGGAUAUCGCCAAAGAACAAGACUGAACAAGAGUGUGAGCACUUCUCCAGGGUUAGCGAAUAAUUCUUGAAAUCCGCUUUAUAUAUCAUAAGUGAGGCUAAAAAAUCGGUCAUAAAAAUUGUCACGUACGUAACUCUGGAUUUGAACUGAAUUAAAUACAAAUCAUCUUAGAGAGAAGCUGCCGCAAAUCCCACUUGAACUCGAUAGAGCAUUCCGGACUCAGCUUUUCUGCCCUGUCCUGUUCUUUGUUGCUCUUACAGUCAAAGAGUACUAUUUUAUCGUCACAGCAAACCACAAUUUUUGGUUCCCUUUGGAGUAUUCUGUCGCAUUUCAUUCAUUCUGCGGUUAGUCUAGGAAAAUGAGAGACCGGGUACCAGUGACAAGACGCCUACAUUUUACGUCACGACAUCUUCUAGAUCCUUGAUAUAAAACAAAAUCUGAUUUGCAUUUGAACUUCAACUUGUGCGAGAGGCUACAGCGAGCUAUAAAUACUAGCGCGGUCCUAGAUCCAUUUGAGUACAUGGAAUAUAAUCGUUGGAGUUUUGUGAGUGUAUUACUGACAUGGAAUACAAGUAUACUCCCGUAGAAGACUUCUCAUCUAAUGAUAGCAGCAUGGGUAAUAAUAACAACAAGGUCAGGGCUCAAGUGACCGUCGUGGAAUCCCUGCCGAAUGGGGAGAAUCAUCAGGCCGAGAGGGACCUGGAGCCGAAUGAGGAGGAGGCCUGGGGCUGGCGGGGGUUCAGACCACGUUGUUUGCAGUUUCUAAGAUCUCCAAGAUGGUUUUUGGUCUUUAUCAGUUUAUUCAGUUUGUUUCAAGCAAUGGCGGUAAAUUCAUUCGUAAGUAUCGCAAUCCCGACCUUGGAGCGACGGUACUCGUUCAACAGCAAACAGACAGGGCUUCUUGUCUCAGCCAAUGACAUCACUGCGCUGAUUCUUGUCAGUUUUGUCAGCUUCUAUGGUGGUUACGGACACAAGACCAAGUGGUUGGGUUUCGGAGGGAUUCUUACGGGCCUGGGAUGUGUUAUGUUCAGCUUGCCUCACUUUAUGCACGAGAAGUACAACUUGGAGGGGUCGGUGUUACGCAGUAGCAGCGCCGUCUGCUCCCUCAACUCCACCACCCCGCGACAAAGUCCCGGAUGUAGCAACACAGAUGAGCUCGCUGACAGCUCCUACAUGAUCGUAUUCAUCUUUGCCCAGCUGCUUUCGGGCGCAGGGACCACCCCACUGCACACAUUAGGGCCAGCGUACAUUGACGAAAAUGUCUCGCCCAAGUACUCCUCGUUUUAUCUUGGAGUUUUCUUCUCCACGGCGAUGCUGGGGCCUGGGUUUGGAAACAUGAUUGGAGGGAAACUAUUAAGCAUUUUUGUGGAUAUCAAGCAGCCUGCAGGAGUCCGUCUCAGUCCCAGGGAUCCUCGGUGGAUUGGCGCCUGGUGGCUAGGACCACUGGUCAGCGGCUGCUUUCUAUUUCUGAUUGGUGGAAUUCUAUUGGGGUUCCCCAGGCAGCUGCCAGGGGCAAAGAGAAGGCGAGAUGAAGCUAUUGCUAAAGGCAUUAUACAAAAGAGGGACCGGACCACCGGGAACCUUGCCGAUAUUGUCCCUGCUACUAAGAGCAUGUUAAGGAAUGGGACCUACAUGUUCCAGAAUAUGGCGCUCACGGCAAGCACGCUUGUUGGUGCAGGAGCGGGUCCGUUUCUGUUCAAGAUUAUCAGGAUUCGGUAUGGCGGGACGGCGGAAGUGAUCGGCCUCGCGGUCGCACUUAUCCUCAUCCCAGGAGCCGGGGGAGGCAUCGCGCUGGGCACGAUGAUCGUCAAGUUCCUCGGACUUAAAGACGCGUGGACCAAGGCGGCGAGGUGCACUUUCUUCCUUCAGCUCAUAGGGAUCUGGACAGCCCUUAUCUUCCUCAUACCCGGAUGUAGCUAUUACAACUACGCAGGAGUAGACGUCGCCUACCCGAACAGUUCACUGACAGGCCUGCGCGGUGCGUGCAAUGCCGCGUGUAACUGCUCCGUUGACAAGUACAGUCCCUUGUGUGGACCUGGAGGCUUAAAUUAUUUCUCGCCUUGCUUCGCGGGAUGCACCACGAUGACAAGGAAUAGGACGUACACGAACUGCGCAUGUGUGGAAUCAGCGGCAAGUGGUGCGAUGCCGUCCCUGGGGAGCGGGUUGUGUGAGCGACAGUGCAAGAACUUGAUUCCAUUCCUGAUCGGCGCCAUCGUCCUCUCCGUGAUCAGCUUCUCCAACACCAUUCCAUCUAAGAUCGUCACGAUAAGGUCUGUGGCUGAUAAUCAGCGCGGCUAUGCCCUGGGCUUACAGUUUGUCUUCAUUAGGCUGCUAGGCUCGCUCCCAGGCCCCAUUCUGUUUGGACAUUUGAUUGACAGCACGUGCACCCUGUGGCGGUAUAAUUGCGGAACGCGGGGGAACUGUCUCAACUACAAGCACGACAGACUGGGUCUAGUUCUUAUGGCUGCGGCUCUGCCUAUCAAUGCGAUCUCGUGCAUCGCUUACUUCAUUUCGUGGCGCUUCAGCAAGAGGCUGUCCAGGAUAAACAGCAGGGGGGAUAUGCCAAUGGAGAUAGCCAAUCAGAGCGCACCAACAGAGGAGGCUAAUAAUGUGACUGGCGAGAUGACCAAUGGCAAAGCUGUGGUGAAGCACAGUAACGAGUCUCAGACGGAUAGCACGGACUGCAAGGCUUGACGGGCAUUAAAGACCCCUGGCCAACAGCCAAACAUUCCUACCCUCCACGUGGUCGUUCAGGGUCAUGUGAUCAAGACUAGUCUCACGUGAUUAAGUCCUUAUCCCACGUGGACAAUGUCUGCCUCAUGUUGUAGUUACACCUAGUUAGUAGGGGGAGGUUGUAACAAAACCCUGCAAACUUCAAAGGCCAUAAACAAUAGGCGCUCUUUGAUGUUGAACAGCCCUGUCAAAACUGUCAACCCUGGCUAAAAUUCUAAAAAUUAGAGCUCUAUCGAACAAUUUCAGUGAGCUUAAUAAGCAAGCAUGAUUUUGAAUUUCCAUCAAUACUGUUUGAGUUGAAAAAACAAAUGGGAAAGCGGUAUUGAUGCAGAGCAACGACUUUUUUUUCUAUAUUCUCUUGUACUGUACGUUCGGCCUUUGAAGUUCGGCGAGUUUCGUAACCAUUUCCCUUUAUUAACUGUGAUUCACACUAACACCGAAGAAGGGCGGAUCCAGGAAUUGCAAAAACGGGGGUCGAAGCAAGGGUUUCAAGAAAGGGGGCCGGAUUCAUUGUUCUUUCGUGGAUUGUCUCAUAUUUCUUGUUAUUUUUGAGCUUAAUAUCUGAAAUUUAGGGGGGGGGGGGGGGGGGGCGCUCGGACCGUACCUAGAUCCACCCCUGCUAAAACAAGUUCAGGUUAGAGUGCGAUUUGCGUGAAAGGAGCUUGAUCAGGUUUCUUACAGCUCGCCUUGAAAUUUGUUUGCAACCUUUUAUGCCAAGUUUCAAGGACUUCUAACCAGGAAAUUUAGCUUUACUUCAAAACAAGCUCCGAUCUCUAAAGCCUCCCUUUCAUGGCAAAUUAUACCGCACCCCCAAUGAUAUUAAAUUUGGCCUAUUAUCUAAAAUGUUCAUUUUAAAAA